CUCUUUUAUAUAAUCAAUUCAUUUAACAUUACUCUUUCUCUUUCUAGUUUUUACAACAUGGCUGCUGUAGUAACUGCUGCAGUUUCCUUUCCAUCCUCCAAGUCCACCUCUCUUCCAAGCAGAACCUCAAUCGCUGCCCCAGAUAGAAUAGUCUUCAAGAAGGUUUCGUUGCAAUACAGAGAUGUUUCAAUCAGUGGAAGGAUAGUUUCUAUCAGAGCACAAGUGACCACAGAAGCACCUGCUAAGGUUGAAAAGGAAUCCAAGAAACAGGAGGAAGGUGUGAUUGUGAACAAGUUCAAACCCAAGAACCCUUAUACUGCUAGGUGUCUUCUCAACACUAAGAUCACUGGGGAUGAUGCACCUGGAGAAACUUGGCACAUGGUCUUCAGCACUGAGGGAGAAGUUCCUUACAGAGAAGGACAAUCAAUUGGGGUAAUUCCUGAUGGGGUUGACAAGGAUGGCAAGCCUCACAAGCUGAGAUUGUAUUCUAUUGCUAGCAGUGCCCUUGGUGAUUUUGGAGACUCCAAAACUGUUUCUUUAUGCGUGAAACGUCUUGUGUACACAAAUGAAAACGGAGAACUUGUCAAGGGAGUUUGCUCGAAUUUCUUGUGCGACUUGAAGCCAGGGGCUGAAGUAAAGAUUACUGGACCUGUUGGUAAAGAAAUGCUUAUGCCAAAAGAUCCUAAUGCCACCAUGAUCAUGUUGGCAACUGGAACUGGAAUUGCCCCAUUCCGCUCAUUUUUAUGGAAAAUGUUCUUCGAGAAGCAUGAUGAUUACAAGUUCAAUGGUUUGGCAUGGCUCUUCUUGGGUGUACCCACAAGCAGCUCACUACUUUAUAAGGAGGAAUUUGAAAAGAUGAAGGAGAAAGCACCUGAGAACUUUAGGCUAGACUUUGCUGUGAGCAGAGAGCAAACAAACGAAAAAGGAGAGAAGAUGUACAUCCAAACACGAAUGGCUCAAUAUGCCGAAGAACUUUGGGAGUUGCUGAAGAAAGAUAACACCUAUGUCUACAUGUGUGGACUCAAAGGGAUGGAAAAGGGAAUUGAUGACAUAAUGGUGUCAUUGGCUGCAAAAGAUGGUAUCGAUUGGAUUGAGUACAAGAGGCGAUUGAAGAAGGCAGAACAAUGGAAUGUGGAAGUCUACUAAUAAUACUUUCACUGAUAUCAUCGAGUCUCACUUUGUGCUGCAGGAAAUCUAUUUUGCUGUCAUGCUUUUUGUAGAUAGAUUACGUAUGAAUGUAUGACCCAGUAAUUUUUCUACUAUGGGAAUUUUCACCUUGCUUGUGAAUAAGCUUCGUUGCAACUUGCAACAACCUUGCAUGAAAUAAUUGUGAGGAUCAUGCUUCAUGCAAUAAAGAUGAAAUCAACUUCAUUUUACAAA